GAAGAAGAUUUUCUAGGGUUUUUGUUUAAUUUUCUCGAGCCGGAAAAAUUAUUAUUAAUCGUGUUGAGCUUCUUUGAUCGGUGAAGAUUAUGGCGUCGUCUUCAGCUUCGGCAACGGUGGCUGUUGAUAAAGCAACCAGCGAUCUUUUGUUAGGUCCUGAUUGGACUACGAACAUGGAAAUCUGCGAUUCUGUUAAUUCUCUUCACUGGCAGGCGAAAGAUGUAGUUAAAGCUGUGAAAAAGAGGCUGCAACAUAAGAGCCCCAGAGUUCAACUACUUGCUCUUACGCUUUUGGAGACGUUAGUAAAGAACUGUGGAGAUUAUUUGCACCAUCAAGUUGCAGAGAAAAACUUAUUGGGGGAAAUGGUCAAAAUUGUGAAAAAGAAGGCGGAUAUGCAAGUAAGAGAUAAGAUAUUGGUCAUGCUGGACUCUUGGCAGCAAGCUUUUGGGGGUCCUGAGGGAAAAUAUCCGCAAUAUUAUUGGGCAUACGAUGAGUUAAGGCGUUCUGGAGUUGAAUUCCCCCGGCGUUCACCUGAUGCGUCCCCUAUAAUAACACCACCAGUGAGUCAUCCACCGUUAAGACAGCCUCAAGGGGGCUAUGGAGUACCUCCAGGUGGCUAUGGAGUACCUCAAGCUGGUUAUGGAGUACAUCAAGCUGGUUAUGGAGUACCUCAAGCGGGUUAUGGAAUACCUCAAGCUGGCUAUGGAGUACCUCAACCGGGUUAUGGAAUACCUCAAGUGGGUUAUGGAAUGCCCAGCGGUUCUUCGAGAAGGCUUGAUGAAGCAAUGGCAACUGAGGUUGAGGGCUUAAGCUUGUCAAGUCUCGAGUCCAUGAGGGACGUGCUGGAUCUCUUGAGCGACAUGCUACAAGCCGUGGAUCCCAGUGACCGUGCGGCUGUGAAAGAUGAAGUCAUUGUUGACUUGGUCGAGCGUUGUCGUUCCAAUCAGAAAAAGCUGAUGCAAAUGCUAACCUCCACUGGGGAUGAUGAACUUUUAGGCCGAGGACUCGAUCUAAAUGACAGUCUUCAAAUUCUGCUAGCUAAGCAUGAUGCAAUAGCUUCUGGUUCUCCUCUGCCUGUUCAGGCUUCUGGUUCUCCUCUGUCAGUUCAGGCUUCAAAACCUGCUGAUUCGAGCCCCAAAUCUUCUGAAGCUAAAGAUUCUAGUUCCAUAGCUGGUUCUAGUUCCCCAAUACCAGCCACUGUUUCUACAGGGAAAAGCCCAAUUGAUGAGGAGUACGAAGAUGAGGAAGAUGAGUUUGCCCAAUUAGCUCGAAGGCAUUCCAAACCGCCAGCAUCUGGGAUUACAGACCCUACCAGUUCAGAGUCUCAUAAUGCUGCAAGCAAUGCUCUUGCUCUUGCUCUGCCUGACCCACCUCCUCCAGUGAACACCACAAAGGAACAAGAUAUGAUUGACCUAUUGAGUAUCACACUGUCUACACCAUCAACUCCACCGCCUCCAUCCUCUCAGCCUUCUCCUCCUCCUCCCGCUGUCUCAGAUCAAAACACCCAUAUCUAUCCACAGCCUCCGCCACGGUUUGAUAGCUAUGUUGCUCCUUGGGCACAGCAACAGCAACCGCAACAGCCUCAAACACAGCAAGGCUAUUCUCAAUAUCAACAACAACAGGGCUAUUCUCAACCUCAACAGACUCAACAACAGCAGGGCUAUUCUCAACCUCAACAGACUCAACCACAGCAGAGCUAUUCUCAAUCGCAACCGCAAGCACAGGUCCAGAUACAACCGUCAACUCGACCUCAGAACCCGUAUGAAUAUCCGCCUCCGCCAUGGGCUUCAACAUCAGCAAAUGCAUACUAUACUCCACGGGCUAAUGCAAGUGCGUCAUACACAGACACAUCUGCCCUAGCCGGAAGAUCACUGCAGCAAUCCAACUCAUUCCCCACAAGAGCUGGAGAUCCCCAGGCUACUUCAACUGCUAGCAACCCAGGUGUAUCUGUAGGACAGAAGCCGUUUGUUCCAUCAUACAGAUUGUUUGAAGAUCUGGAUGUGUUUGGGAGCGCAGACGGGAAGCAUAAUAAGCCGACUAACAGUAGUAAUGGUUCUCAAAGCUUGUCCGGGUCUCAGACGCAGCAGAGUAUGAUAGGAGGAAGGAAAAUGAUUUAACAAUAGUGUGAGUGCUUCGUAUUUUCCCAUUGUGAAUAUAAUGGUGUACAUUUU